AUGAGUGGUUGGGCUACUCAGGGAAAAGAAUUCAAGAGUUUGGCUAUUCAGGAGAAGAAGCUUUUUCACUCUUCCAUAGAUAUACACAUGUAUAACAAGAUCCACCGCAUGCAGAAGGCAGAAGUUCCCUGUUUCAAAAAAACUGUAAAGAGGACAGCUUCGUCAUAUUUUAGGAAUUCAAUCGAGAAAGAAGAGGGGGGACAGGACAAUCCUCCUUUGUUUUCUGAAAAGCUCAUUGUGGUGGAGACAUACAUGCUCAACAAGUGGAAAGUUACCCCACCAAGAAAACGUUUAGAUAGCCAGCUGGCUCUCCUUUCUUCGUCAGAUGAAAGGAAGCAGCUGCGGCCUCCACCUUUAGUGUAG